AUGCGCGACGGCGUGGAGUACGACUUCCGCAGCCUCGUCGCCGACUGCGUCCAGGACGGCGGCCGGCGCCCUCCGCUGCUGCCGUCUGCGUUCGCGGCGGAGCUGGAGAUGAAGAGCUUCACCAACGGCAAGGACGACAAGCCGCUGGUGAAGCGGCUGUACGAGGCCGCCUUCGAGGAGCAGUUUGGCAAGGCGACCGAGCUGAUCUACAACAGCCUCGGCUGGGGCGACGCGGAGGCGGCGCAGCUGGCGGAGGUCCUUGCGAGCGGGGCGGCGCCGCGGCUCGAGGAUCUCACUCUCAACGGCAACAAGAUUGGCGACGAGGGCUGGAAGGCGCUGGCCGCCGCCCUCGGCAAGGAGGGGGCAGUGCCGCGGCUCGAGACGCUCCAUCUUAACCGCAACGAGAUUGGCGACGAGGGCUACAAGGAGCUCUGGGUGGGCUACAAGAACAAGGAGCAGCCUGAGCUGGUGGCCGUGUGCAAGGAGCGCGGCAUCGGACUCUACUGA